GUACACCGGCUUCCUUACCACCAAAACACACCUCAAAGUCCCUGCUACUACCGGGACACCCCCUUCCAAAAAAAACCCAAAACAAAACAAAACACCCCACACCAUGGAGGACUACACUUUACCAUUCGUCAUUUACCUGUGCGUGCUCACCGUGUUCCUAGGGGGCGCCGUGAAGAAGAUCUUGGCGUCCCAGUUGAGCGGCGCGUCUACCUUCGUGGCGUGGUUAGGUGCGACGGUGCUGGUGGAGAGGCUGUGGGCGUUCUGCUUGCCCGCCGCGCUGGUGCUGGCGGUGGCCGGGCUCGCCUGGUGGGGGUACCGGAACGUGAAAGCCAAGCCGGUGCAGCUCCUGCCGGCCAAUGGGAAAGCGGUGCUCAUCACAGGUUGUGACUCUGGGUUUGGUCGGGCCACAGCGAAGCGUCUGGACUCUCUUGGAUUCGAGGUCUUUGCCACAGUCCUGGACCUGACCUCGGAGGGCUCCCAGGACCUGCUCCAGACCUGCUCCUCCAGACUCACCCUGCUGAAGGUGGACAUCACACAGCCCCAGCAGAUCCAGCAGGCCCUCGCAGACACCAGGGCUAAACUCGGACUCAGAGGUCUGUGGGGUUUGGUGAAUAACGCCGGAGUCUGUGUGAACUUUGGAGACUCUGAGUUGUCUCUUUUGUCAAAUUUCCGUGGUUGUAUGGAGGUCAACUUUUUUGGGACGCUCUCAGUGACACAGAGCUUCCUCCCUCUGCUCCGACGGGCCAAAGGACGAAUCGUCACCAUCUCCAGCCCCGCAGGUGACCUCCCCUUCCCCUGUCUGUCGGCCUACGGCUCGUCCAAAGCCGCUCUGAACCUCUUCAUGAACACUCUGAGACACGAGCUGGCGCAGUGGGGGGUCCACGUGUCCACCGUGUUACCGGCAGCUUUCAAGACAGGUCAGUCGAGUAACCACGCCUACUGGGAACAACAGCACAAGAUCCUGCUCCAGUCUCUGCCACCGUCUUUGCUGGAGGAAUACGGCGAGGACUACCUGAACGAAACCAUGGAGCUGUUCCAGUCUCACGCUCGCACCGCCAACCCCGACCUCAGCCCCGUCGUCAACACCAUCGUGGAGGCUCUGCUCGCCCCCCGCCCACACCCGCAAUACUACGCCGGACCAGGGGUGGGGCUAAUGUACUUUAUCCACAGCUACUGCCCCUUCAGCGUCUGCAACAAGUUCCUCCAAAAACUGUUCAUGCAGAAGAAGCUGAUGCCGCGAGCGCUGAGGAAACAAGCAGAGUUCGAUCUCAAUAUUGAUCUUCAUAAUAACAAUAAUAAUGACGAGAAGUUUGGGAAAUGAAAAUUGAAAUAAAACUCAUGGACAAUAUUUCUACAGUGGUGUGAGGAGAGAUGUACUGAAGCUUUGUUUUACUGUUUUGUGGAGGAAAUUUGAUCAAAAUUAUGUUUUAUUAGUUGCCAUGAGAUCCAGAAUACACAUUUCUUCAAUACUGUACAAAAAUGUGAGUCUGGUCACCGGUGAAUUUCCCUGAGUUCAGAUGGGCAUGAUUGACAGGUGGAUUAGCCAAUCAGGGACACAUAGGGUCUGUCCGUAUCAAAACAAAUAUGUCUGCUUAAGGAAGUAUCACAAGGGACUAAAAAACGCUGCAAAUUUCUGCAAACUCAAUAAUGAAAGCACUAAAGUCUGUUCAUCUGGGUGAGAUAUGUAGCCAGGCUGGCGUCACCUAGUGCCUCCGCUCAAUUUCAUUUCUCUCCAGCGACUAGGUCAGGAAUCAAAAUACACUAGACGGUUCACAAAAACCCUGGAAGUGCAAGUCCGGGCACCACCCAAUCAGCGAAGAGCCAUACAUUUUGUGUUGGCAACGAUUCCCGAGAUCGAAAUGUUUGGUGAAUUUUAUCAAGGGGAAAGGCGUUAUUGUCCCUUUUUCCUAUGGGAUUUGGGAAAAGCUUAAUAUACCAGUCAGCCCCAUAAACGGCGCAUUACAUACGUCACGACCAAAUAACAGCGAUUGGUUAAAAGCGAACGAAUCCCAAUGUUGCGAGGUCAGACGGUUUCCACAAAGUGAAACUGGCUGAUGAAUGAGGCUAUCAGAUGUGUUUUGUUUUGGUACAAAAUGGUUGGUCACGAGCUCUUUCAUUUCACAUUCGUCACUAAGAUAAACAGAUCUGAUUGGACAGUACAGUCCACUUGAGGCGUGUUGAGGGAGUGGGGACCAGACUGAUCUCCAGAGAUGUCAUUCUGGAUUUGCAUAAUUCAAAGUGCGUAAUUUAUUUUCCUAAAUAUGGAUGGAACAUAAAUGAAGUUCUCACCACAGUCUGGAUAAACAGUCAAACCUGAUCCACUUAAAACAAAAAUGCCACUUUCCUGUGUGAAUCUGACCUGUAAUUUAACAUGGUGAUAUCACUUUCUUGUCUCCAUGGAGAUAAAUCAUUUUAAUAGCACACUGAGGAACAUUUCCAGGCAAAGCAAUAAUAUCUCCAUGGAGACACGUAGAUGGCAGACUCUACAAUGAAAAAGGCAGCUUUCAAUUCAAGAACAAACCGUGUAAAUUCAUAGAACAGUAAGACAUGACUUCAGGUCUGUUUCUCUUUCUCAUAUUUGCCACUGUGGACUCUGGACAUUUUUGGACCUCUUGUGUACCACUCUCAGAGUUGUCUUUUUGUAAAUUAUUUUGUACAACAAAACAGUUGAAGGGAUCAAAAUAAUGCAGAACUUUUUUUUUUUUUUUUUUUUUUUUUGCUUUUGGGACAUUCACAACAAACUAUGAAUGAACUGAAUUAGAAAUGACAAUGGACCCUUUUUAUCAAACCACUGCAGAUAUUCUAUGUCUUGAAUCAAUAAUGACUGAAAAAAGUGUAAUUUCAUUAUUCAUUUACAUGUCCUAAGAUGUGGAUUAAAUACAAACUUGCUGCUAUUUUGAAGUAAAAUCCACAAGAAUCUUUUGGACAGGAGCAGCCCAUAGUGAAACCUGGUACAGUUCUGUUCAUCUGCAUUUAUUCAACUACGAGCGUUUGAUUUCUUACAUAAAAACACAUGCAUUCUUGCUGUGAGCGGACUCGCCUCUCCACAGAUCUGACCUGUACCUUGGUCUACUUGUCUCCAUUUUAAAUAUAUAGUCUGUCAUUAAUUUAACAAUCACACUUGUUUUCUUUUAAAGGUGCAAUAUGUAACUUUUCUGGUGGAGGGUCUCGGUGGAGAUGUUAAUGUUUUGCCCUGAAUGUUCCACAGUAUGGCAUUAAUCUCAUCUUUCACAUCUUUCAGGAGAAGGUCAUGCUACCAGAGAAGUUACAAGGAAGGAAUGAGUAUUUUUCUAGACAUGUUUGAGCAAUAAAAAAGAUUGUAAAGAUGUUAAUGGAAGACAGAUAAGUUUAAUGCCAUACUGUGGAACAAUCCAAGCAUAGCAACAACAUCUCCAAGGAGACAAGACACCGGAAAAGUCGCACAGUGCACCUUUAAAAUGGCUUCUAACCUCCUCCCGUUUGUUUCUCUUGUAAAAUGUAACGAUACUGUUAAUCCUCCACUUAGGUACUCCUGAAGCAAGAAGCACAUGUUAUAUUGUGAUUACCCUCAAUAGACAUUUUAACCUGUUUUUUUUUUUAUAUUAUAAUGACAAAAAACACAAAGUUAAAGUUUUUAUAUCUGUUGAAGCACAACUUUUUUGCAUUUUCACAUAAAGAUACGUUAAAAGGUUCUAUAUUACGCUUUUUUCUGAUCUCUGUUAUAAUGCUUCCUCGCCAAAACCUUACUUGGAGUUGUGUUUAUUUAAUACCAGAAGAGCUCCACUGUGUUUUUAAACUCUAUACACCUUCACUAUACAGAUGUAAAAGGAACAAAACACAACUCCAGUGUUUUUGAUGAGAUAACUGCAUUAUAACAGGGCUAAAAGUAAUAUUUUGCAUAAUAUAAGACCUUUAACAGCAUUUGUACAGCACAUAGCUUAGUUUUCUCAAUAUAACAUUUUCAGUUCCAAUCGUGUAACCCUGGUAUAUUCCACUUUUAUGUAUUUAUUGUGAUGUAAAUUUACGACUCACACAAUAAUACAUUUUUAUAUUAUUUUUGCACAUGUAUUGUGAGUUUCUGUCUGCUAAAAACACCUCCAACGACGGCUAAGUUCACUGAUUAUGUUUUUUUGUUUUUGAAUCCAACUAUUUAUAAUGUAUUUUGUGUAUCCACAUAAACUGUGAAUUUUUGUAAAAAAAUAAAUAAAAUUAUG